CGUAUAUGAAUAGUGAAUUCGAUAAUCACGAUAUGCAUGGGUUGUGAAGUUUUACUGUAACUGUGAAUGAAAAUUCCUAAAGACAUUCGUUCUCCAUUUCGGUAUAAAUAAGGUUACGAAAAACUUCGGUCGAAACGCCCAAACAAUAUAGUGAUUUCCGCUCGGCGCUUCGACGAACGAACGCGUGUUGUUGUUUCUGCGAAGGGAAGUGCUUUGAUAUUGGGCGGAUAUUACGCGUUCAUCUUGAAAAUAUCUUCUGAACGACAACGUUUCACUUGUACAAGCCUUUCAAUACGCUUAGAGGUAAAUAUUCAAUCCAUUCAUGGAUCCCACCCAGUUAUCUGAUUCUGCUAACCUCCUGCUAUCUGCCACUGGUGUUCUUACUCCAGUUUCACAAGUGCUCACAAUAGCUGUUGACAAAGAUUCAAGUGAGGUUGACACAUUGCCACCAACCGAACAAGAUGGAACUCAGAUUGAAGUACCAGUUGGGGAACCAGAGGAAAAAUUACAAGUGCAAUCUGUGACUACCUUACCAGAUGAGCAGACGUUAACUACAAUAUUAACUGCAAAUGACAAGGAACUUGGAACACAGACAUUUUCUACAAAAUCCAUUGAGAAAACAAUCCCUGCAUAUGAAGAAUCCCAAUGUGGCAUUGCCGAAAACUUGCAAUAUGUAAUUGUACGAGUGAAAGCAUCAGAACCAGUUGGAUUGAUCAGAAAGUUAAUUUCUGAUUCUAUUCAUGUACCUGUUGAGACAUCUACUGUAUUUUACAGAGACCAUCAGAUGGAUGAUUCCUUGUCAAUUGGAACUCAUUGUGGUAGUUUGGAUGGAACAGUUACACUGAACAUUCAGAUUAAGAAUGUUUCAGAGAAUGGUGAGACUACAAAGAGAAUGGAUAUUGUUAACAUUCAUUUAGCAGAGACUGUGUCUGAGAAUAACAAUCCAGUUUUUAACCUGAAUGAUACCAAUAAAGACCAGGGUAAGACAAGCAAGACUCCUGGUCCCACUCCAGCCAAACGAAAAAGAAAGUCAUCGAGUGGGAAAUCAAAUAUUAAAACACCGUCCACCCCUGUUACUCCAGUAAUGUCAAUUAUCAAAUCCAUUGGUGAUGGUCUUAUCACAUCUCCAACUUAUUCUGAUGGUCAGUUAACACCGGAAGGACAAACACCAGAAGGGCGAACACUGACUGGAAGCCGAAGUGCAGGCAACAAUGGCCAAAUUCAAUUAUGGCAAUUCUUGCUACAGCUUCUGACCGACAAAGACAGCAAGCAUUUAAUCACGUGGGUUGGUGAUCAAGGUGAAUUCAAGUUAAACCUACCAGAACAGGUUGCACAAGAAUGGGGAAAAAGAAAAAACAAACCCGCUAUGAAUUAUGAGAAGCUAAGUAGGGCCCUGAGAUAUUAUUACGAUGGCGAUAUGAUCCAUAAAGUACAUGGGAAGAGAUUUGUGUACAAGUUUGUAUGUGAUCUCAAGAGUUUACUUGGUUAUUCCGCAGCAGAACUGAAUGCUCUUGUUAAUCAAAUGGAUACCACAUAUCAUCAUCAACUGAGUAUAAAUGGGCUUCAAACCUGAGUGUUGUGUGUAGAGCUUUUAAUCAUUUUUUAUCGUCGGAUAAAAAGAGGAGGAUAUACGGGUGAAUGCAAAUGUCGAAUGAACUUUUUUAAUUGUACAGUAUAAUAAUAGUGUCGCUAAUUCAGUGUGUCGCUAAUUCAGUGUGUUCUCUGUUAGCUAUAUUCUGAGCUUUUUAAUUAAUGUAAUCUAGAAUUAUAAUAUCCGGUAGUAUCAAGAGUAUGACUGGAUUGUUACAUGGGUGUGACAGUGCAGCGUGUAUUAGAUGGAGAUUGUGUAUUCGAAUCUGUGUAAUCAUAUAUCGGGUAAAUUGAAUUUAGUUAGUCGUAUUGUGUAUGUAGAGUAUUGCUUGAAUAGCUAUAAUGGUAUUACUGUAAGUAUUGUAUUUUACAGAAUUCUAAUUAUGUAAAAUGAAGUCUAUCUAUUAUCAUGUGAAACCGGUUUAGUUACCGAGUGUUUCAAUUAUAUGAUAUUUACAAUA